UUGAACCCAGGGAUUCCUGGCAAAUUUCCUCCAUCCACCCAGAACUAGGAUGCAGGAGAAGUUGUGCACGAACCAGAGACGCGUCCCUUUACCCAGGGGACGGGAUGAAGAUUUAAUGUGGCCCUGGAAAGAGUUAACGCUUUUGCGGCGAAGGCAACAGGCUGUUUUGGAGGGCUUGUUUGUUCCUCUUACAUAAGUUUCUCUAAACUUGUUUGUCCCAAGCUAGGGGGGGGAAGCACCUUUGAUCGGGAAGGUGUUUUUGUACCAAAGUGAUUUUAAGUCCAAAGCUCAAUCUGCCGCACACGGGAGAAGAUAAAAGGCGAUGAGAGCCGUCCAAGGGUGUAGUGCAGCUACACGGACCGAAAUAGCUGGUCGCUCAACUAUCAGCAGAAUGGAAGCGGGCAUGGACUUUCUCCAUCACUCAGGCAUCCAAGCCACACACUAUCUCCAAACUAGCUACCCGGCAGCCCAGGAUUGGUUCCUCUUUGUUUCUUUCGCUGCCGACCUCCGAAACACGUUCUUUGUCUUCUUCCCCAUCUGGUUCCACCUCUGCGAAGCGGUGGGGAUCAAACUCAUCUGGGUGGCUGUGAUUGGCGACUGGCUGAACCUCGUCUUCAAGUGGAUCCUGUUUGGGCAGAGACCUUACUGGUGGGUACGUGAGGCCAGUUUCUACCACAACACCUCGGCCCCUGCAAUCCAGCAGUUCCCUGCUACGUGUGAAACUGGCCCAGGGAGUCCCUCUGGACACGCGAUGGGUUCAGCCGGCGUGUACUAUGUGAUGGUUACAGCCAUUCUCUCCAUUGCAUUGAAAAAGAAGCAGCCAUCUUGGAAACACCGCUUCUUGCAGGCAGUGCUCUGGGCGGCUUUUGCCAUCGUCCAAGUCUGCGUCUGUCUCUCCCGUGUCUUCAUUGCUGCCCAUUUCCCCCACCAAGUUGUCGCUGGUGUCUUCUCAGGCAUGGUGGUUGCCGAAUCUUUCCAGCACAUACGCUCCAUCUACAACCCCAGCCUGCGGAAGUAUGUGGGCACCACCCUGUUCCUCUUCUCUUUCGCCCUGGGUUUCUACCUGCUGCUCAAGGUGCUGGGCGUGGACCUCCUGUGGACUUUGGAAAAGGCCAAGCGGUGGUGCGAAAACCCAGAUUGGGUCCACCUGGACACCACGCCCUUUGCCGGCCUCCUGCGCAACCUGGGCGUCCUCUUUGGACUGGGACUGGCCCUCAACUCCCCAAUGUACGUGGAAAGCUGCAAAGGGAAACAAGGGCAGCAGCUGGCCUUCCGGCUGGCCUCCAUCGGCGCUUCGCUCCUCGUCCUGCACCUCUUUGACUCUUUCAAGCCCCCUGCUAAAGUGGAGAUGCUCUUCUACCUCCUGUCUUUCUGCAAGAGCGCCGCCGUGCCGCUGGCAGCGGCUGCCCUCAUCCCCUAUUGCGUCUCCCAGAUCCUUACCCAACAAGACAAGAAAACUGUGUAGUCGCCAUGCCGGUUUUAUUUUCUAUGAACUUGAGCAGGUGAAGAGCUACGACGGAAGGCCUCAGGGGCCAAAAGGGACAGCGUUCUUGGCGGUCCUCUUAACUAAGUGUGUUCUGGGCUCCCGCUGGAGCCAGGAUACGGCUGACCCAUCUGCCUUCAUAAAAUACCAGCCGGGGUCUCCAUCCAGUGCUGUCCAUAGGUCGUAAUUCCAGUGGCGCCGUUUGGUAAUUUUUAGAUUGUGGACAUUAUGGUUGAAAGGUAACGUGUGCCGCUCCGCUUAUUUCAAAAUGUUGCUGAUACGCCAGCGCUUCUGCAUCUGGGGCCCCUCCAGACCCUAAAGUCUUGGCCCUGGAUGACGCUGCUGCGUGAGUCUUCCAGUGCAAGACAUUUCUCCAGAAAAGUGUUACCUGCAAUUUUGUCUGCCACCAGCAAAUACAGUUACCUGCUCAGCCGAGAUGUCAGGGAAAAACUGGUAUCAGCAAGGCGGGGAGCAAGCAGGGGGAUUCACUUGGCAUAGUUGGGGCAGAAGAGGAAUAGAAUAUAUAUUUCCACCAUUGCCUGUCUUGUGGCAGGAGAGGGAAGCUAUCUGUCCCUCCAUGACACCCGCCGGCAUUGUUCAUACUUCAAGGGAGACGCUCCCUAGUCAGCCUGGCUGGUGUUAUGAGGUCAAGCAAUGAACCCCUGUGUGUGUUACAGGGGGAUUUCACAUCACUGGCGGUCACUUUUGGGAUGGGGAGGAAGAAAAGAUGGCGAACCCACCCGCGGCCUACCGCAGCCUAGAGAUGGCUUUUGUAGAUGUCUGCACGCCAUAUUUCUAUAUUUGUACCUACACCUUUUUGUUAUGAAUAAAGCAUGUUUUGUUAGCAAA